AUGAACAAGAACUUCAUUUUCCUAAUCUGCAACGGCAUCCUCGUCUUCCUCGCCAAAACCUCCUCCUUUGUCCGCCCUCCUUCGCCUUCUGAUCUCGACCACGCGCUGCACAAGAGAAUCGGCAACGCCCUGGAAGAAGAGACAGAGGCAGAAGAAACCCUUUCAGAUAAACAUAUAAUAAGCUUGGGAGAUGAAGAGACGAUUAGUCCGUAUCAAGGAGAGGAGGUGGAUGGUGAAUUAGAUGAGAUUGAGCUCCGAGAUUGCUGCCUUUUCGAAGAUGUGGAUGAUCGAGAUCAAGAGGUUUGUAGAGGAGGGGAAGAAGUUGAUGAAAUAGAGAAGCUGAGUGACGAUGAAUUGAACCAGAAAUUUGAAGAUUUCAUUAGGAGGAUGAAGGAGGAGUUUCAGAUUAAUGAUCAUCAACGAAAACAACUAGUCUUGGUUAACUAA